AUGGGACGCGAAGGUCGUGCCAAGAUGCGGUAUGCGUCCACCAAGCUGAUGGCUACUGUAAUUGACUGGCAGAACGAAAAUAUCAACAAUCAAAACAAUGCUGUUCAGAAUGUUGAGAGCGAACCGAAACCUUGGUCAAGAGAAGAACAGCAAGAUUUUUUAGUGAGAAAAGGUGAAGAUUUAUACAAAUGCUGUUUACAAUAUCUUUACAACCAAGUACAGCAAAUUCUAAAUUCAAGAGAACGAAACAGACCAAAGGUGCAACAUAUCAACUACGGAGAUUCGACUCAAAAUCAUGACGAAUAUUGGAAUCAAUAUGAUGAAGCUGCUGAAUUCUUAUUACGGCAUUAUCGUCGUCGACUUCAUGAACGAAACAAUGAUCCUGAUCAUACAGAAGCUCUCAUGGAGUUGAAGACUAUUUAUGCUGCCUGUCUGGCAGCUGCCGCUCUACGUUGGUACUCGGUGCGUAUAGAACAGGGAAAAAACCGUUCAAAUGAAGACAAAAAACUUCAUCAAGAUAUCAUUAAACGUUUGGUAACAAUGGCCACUGCUAUACGUUUGAUUCUUCCGCAAGAUCUCACACAAGCAAGUUCUAUUUAUGAAGUCUACAAAGCUCGAUUCGAAAAUUUUAAAUGGUCUCCUGCUGUGAAAUCGGUUGAUAACGACAAAGAGUAG